AAAAAGAAUCCCGCCAAGGAGAAGCAAAAUGUAACACACAGAGUUGGAAUUGGAAUCGAAAGAUAAGAGAAACUAGUUCAAAUUCAAAGGUAGAUGCAUGCAUGUUGGAGCAGUACUGAAAAUGAGUAGUAGAGAGGGAGAGGAAGAGAAGGUGCCUCUGCUAUCUUCGAGCAGAGAAAGAGGAAGAACCAGAAACAGAGGAGACUCGAUUUCAGACCUUUUCUUGAGAGUGUGUAGGUUCUUCAGCUUCAUCACCUCUUUUGCUGCCAUUCUCUGCGUAACCGUCAACGUCCUCUCUGCAAUUCGCUCCUUCAAACACGCUUCCCAUUCUGAUUUCUUUGAUGGCAUAUUUCGGUGUUACGCGGUUCUCAUUGCGUGUUUCGUUGUUCUGGCUGAGACCGAAUGGAAAUUCAUCAUCAACUUCUGGCAGGUUUUGGAGUAUUGGGUAGGCAGGGGUAUGCUGCAGAUCUUUGCUGCAGUGAUGACCAGGGCUUUCCCUGACUAUGGUGCUAGGGAGCCAAAAAAGCUUGUUAUUCUUCAGAACAUAGCGUGCUAUAUGCUUCUUGCUUGUGGUUUACUUUAUGUUGUCUCGGGAAUCCUUUGCAUUGGUUGUUUAAAACGUUAUCGGCAGAAGCAAGAGAUCACUAGAGAACAAGCAGCCAAGGAUCUUGAGGAAUUGGAACGACGUAAAGGAGAACUUGAACAAUUACUUAUGACUGAAUAGGUUUUGAAGCGUUUGAAAGUAGUGUUGAAAUUGUUGUGAAGAAAAAAUCCAUAUACAACAACCUAUGUAUGAAUAUCUUUAUGCAUGAUUUGUCUUGUUGGUUACUAUAAUAUGGUUUCUUAACCUAAAAUCAACUGAAUUGAAUUCUACAAAGUAUAGUAUAUUUUUAUGCAUGAUUUGUAUUA